AUGGUAGACCAUGUUGUAGACAACGACUUUGCCGAUUUAGAGAAUAUAGAGCCAGCCGGGCCCAGUGAACCAGAGUCAGCUGUAAGUGGAGAAGAAUCAGAAGACCUUCAAGACCAAGAAGGCAGUCAAUCUGCCGCUGUGCAGGAUUUCAACGCGGGAAAAGAGGAAUCUCCAUGGCCCGAAUUGAAUACAUUUUUUAGUGUUUGUUGUAAACGAAACAACAACCUCUCGUUCGAUUGCCUUUUGUGUAAACCGAAGAAAACCGUGCUUUCCACAUAUAUUACAUCACACCCCAACCUUCCGUGCAGCAUGCGAGCAUCAUUUUAGCACUAGUGGUCUGAUACUGAGGCCUCACCGAAGCAGUCUUAAUGACAAACAUUUUGAAGCAUGCCUCCUCUCAAAGCUUUUAAAUAACUUAAAAUUUUUGAAAUAAAUUCAAAACAUUAUAAUUGAUGGGUGUAUAACCGUUGAUCGUUAUCGUUUUUCUUCACUUUGCGAACACUGAACAUUUAUACAAAAUUAUGAUGUGUAAUUUGUAAUUAAUUACAUUUUUAAAUGGUAAUUUUGUUACUGUAAUUAAUUACUUUCCUGAAGAAGUAAUUGUGAUCAGUAAUUAAUUACAUUUUAAAGAAAGUAAUUUUAUUUGUAAUUAAUUCCUUUUUGGACGGUAAUUUUGCAGCACUGGAAACGUCGUAAGCCAGAUCAGAUUCCAUUAACACUGAGACAGAAAUUCUAAUCGGUCUGGCCAUUAAAUGGAAAGCGCCCCAAGAUAAAUACAGCUGAUUCAAUUAAGGUUGUCCUUCCAAAACCUUAAACCUUAGCGCGCAAGGGAUGAUGGGUUUUUACCUAUUAGACCCCUAAACUCAGAAAAUUGCCUUUGCAGCAAGUAUGUUUUUGUUGUUGUGAGUCUUCUAUAUAUGUCUUAAGUAUUCUUACAAAGCCAAAUUUCAAAGUUUAUGAGUCUAAACAGGGACGCCGGAACGAUGUGAAGGCAAGGGGGGCAGAUUUUCGUGAAAGGGCACUUUUGAAUUGAAAUAUACUAAGAGAUCUUUGCAAAACAUCAGGAGUUGAACUUCGCCUAAUCAUGUUUUCUAUUUAUUGGAUGACAGGGGUGUGAGGGGGUUCUCCGCCAGGCGAUUGUGCUAUUCUUGAAGCUCGAUGACUGCAUUUCUUGCGUUUUCUGAAGCAAAUUCGUAAAAUAAUUGCGCUAACAUUUCUGACAAUUCGCUAUUUCGCCAAGGCAAUCCUUUAAAUUGAAAAGGCACCUUGGCCCCCCUUGCCCCUCCUGGUAAAGGGCAACGGGGGCGACUGCCCCUCCUGCCCCCCCCCCCAGUUCCGGCGUCCCUGAGUCUAAAUAAGCAAUAACCCAUCAUCCCUUGCGCGCUCAGAGUUUGAGGUUUAAGUUUUUGGAAAGACAACCUUAAUUAAAUUAGCUGCAUAACAAAUUAGGUAAACAGCCAACUAAAUUAGUCACGAAGGACUUGCCUAGUCAUGCCUGUCAGAUGUUGGGAUCCUUGGUAGCGGUGCUACCUGCAAGUGGCUGAAGCUAACUGCAAUCCUUGGUCAGAAGGUCUUAUGCAUGCUUAAGUAAGGUAGAAAAUUUCAAGAACUCCCUUUUCAAAUGCCAGAACUUCCUUUUCAAAUGCCAGAACUCAGUUUUGAAAUGCCAAAACUCAGUUUUCAAAUGCCAGAACUCCGUUUUCAAAUGCCAGAACUCCCUUUUCAAAUACCAAAACUCAGUUUUCAAAUGCCAAAACUCCAUUUUCAGAUGCCAGAACUCCGUUUUCAAAUGGCUAAAACUCAGUUUUCAAAUGCUAAAACUCCAUUUUCAAAUGCCAGAACUCCGUUUCCAGAAGGAGAACUCCGUUUUAGGCUUGAUAUAUGAAUUUUUUUUACUAAUUGGGUUUUAGAAAAUUAGUGGACACUCAAUUUUGACAAUAUGAUACAUAACUAAAAAAAUUUCUUCGCAGUGCCUGGUCCCCUGUCGUAAUUUGCUAACUGAAAAUAUUUUUGGCUACCUGCAAAAAAACUAAAUAUACAGGCGUGAGCCUAGUUAGUUGGCUGGCUAGGAUUGUAACAAUUUAAUUAAAUGACUGAUAUGAAGAGGUCGUCAAAUAAACACUGCAAUGUUUUUAAUUAGGCACAAACACAAGAUUUGGUCAUCCCUGCUCAGAGAAUUGAACCAGGCGACGAGUACACUGGUGCUACUGUAAUCGAACCUGAAAAAGG